AUGAUCAUGCCAUCCUUGGGCCUCAAACGUGCCCGGAUAAAUAGUUCUGAAACACCGCUUUCUGCCCAGCUUUUGCAGGAAGGAGGCCUCCAAACAAUUCAUCUGUCUCUUGGUUUCCCCCCAGAAUUAGAACCCCCCGGGAAUAGCUCUAACAGCUCCAGCUGCGACAUCAACGAUGACCUCUUAGUAGUGACCCUGCCAGUGAUGUAUUCCAUCAUCUCCAUCAUGGGCUUCUUCUUCAACCUGCUGGCCCUCUGGGUGUUCCAUUGUGGCACGCAGAAGACAAACUCCAUCACCGUCUACAUGAAGAACCUCGCCCUGUCGGACCUCCUCCUCGCUCUCUGCCUGCCCUUCCGGGCCGCAUAUCAGAACCAGAGUGGCCCUGCCAUGCUCUGCAAGGUGGUUGGCAGCAUCUUCUACCUUACCAUGUAUGUCAGCAUCGGGCUGCUCAGCCUGAUCAGCCUAGAUCGCUACCUGAAGAUCACCCGGCCCCUCCACCAGUUCCGGAUCCACACGGUGACCCACAGCACCGCCGCUUCUGGACUGGUGUGGUUAGUCUGCAGCGCCAUGAUGCUUCCUUUCUUUUUCAGUGCCAGCGAGAAAGGGCACUGUGCCAACAGGUGCUUCCACUUCAAGUACAGAAGUGUGCUGGGGGCAGUGCUCAACCUGACUGCAGUGGCCACUUUCUUUGUCCUGCUGGGUUUUUUCCUCUACUCCUAUGGCAAGAUCUCUCUCAAGCUCCGCCAGGUGGCCUUAAGGAAAUCACGGCAGCAGAGCAGGAAAACCAGUGCCCGAGCCAUAUCCAAGACCUUUGUGGUCCUUGCCAUCUUCAUCAUAUGCUUCACCCCCUACCAUGUGGUCCGAGUGCCCUAUAUCCUUGCCCAGAUCAAGAUCAUCUCUGAUCUGGGGAGUGUCCAAGCCCUCCACCUUGCCAAUGAACUUGUCCUCUGCGUCACGGCCCUCAACUGCUGCUUCGACCCGGUGAUGUUCUUUUUCCUCUCCAGCAGUUUCAAGAGAGCUAUGCUGGCGGCCCUGCAUGGGAAACUGAAAGCAGUGUUCCAGAAGGACGAGGGCGUCUUAAACCCUAGGAGAUCCAUUACAGACUCUCGGGCCCAGAGAUCUGAGUUACAGGUUGUGGAGGGACCUCUGGAGAGACAGUGA